AGCGCGAAUGCUUUGAGCUCCGUGAUUCUUGUACCAAACCCGUUUUAUUUCUUUUGAGACAUGCAGGUUUGCGAGAUAAGCAUAAAUGAGCGAAACGGGUUCGACUGCAUUUGUUUGCCGGGAAUACGAAAAUGAGCUUGCAAAUCGAUGACUCGUGUGCCCGUGAGCAACGUGAGCGGGCGAAGUUGGCGAAGUUGUUCGAAUGUGAGCAUGUGGAGCGUGUGAUGUUCGUUGCACGCCAAUAGAAGAAAAAAAAAAAACUCUGAUUAACGUUUGAUGAUGCAAGUGACACUAAUUGAAAAGCCGAUCUUGAGCGUUCAGUGCAACUGGAACGAAGCGUUGAGGGAGAGAAAUGGAGACGCCUGGGUGACUUGCAAAUCUCGAGGCCAGCCUGGAAUACAUGGCAAACUGAGGCGAACUGGCUCAAGUGCCGACGGGACUCCCAUGGUGUCAACCACUGACAAGUUUAGAGUGACCGAGAUAACCAAGGACACUAUUAACGUCUCACACACUGACCCAAACUGCCAGACAUGUUUCAUUGCCCCAACAACAGCAUUUGCGAACGUGCACAAGAAAAGUGUGGCAUGCCUCGACGUCACCAAGGGACACUUGGGUGUUUCGGCCAGUGGAACCAGUGAAAUUCGUGUCUGGGACUCGCGGACUGGUGAAGUCAGGAGGGACCUUGAGGGACAUGUCUGGGAUGUGUACACCUGCCGUUUCUUCCCUUCUGGCGUGGUUGUUCUAUCUGGUGGAGCCGACAUGCAGCUCAAAAUUUGGUCUGCUGAAACUGGAAAAUGCCCAGUCACAUUGAAAGGCCACUCUGCUGCCAUUAACGACACCUGCAUUGUGGAACAAGGCCGUAACGUCAUCUCAGUCAGCAAGGACGGCACUGCCAGACUCUGGGACUGUGGCAAGUCUGCCUGCUUGGGCACCCUGACCGACACCCUGCACGACUGCAUUAACUGCUGCGCCCUCGGACCUGUGGCCAUCAACUUGGGCAUCAGGGACGAGCAAGCCAGUGAAAGGGAAGUGGCGACAGAUGGGAAACUUCUUGUUGUGGGGACAGAAGCAGGAAAACUGAGGGGUGUGGGCGUGCACUCCAGAAAAACGGUGUUCGAGCUUGAUCAUCCAGCAGCCAUUAACUGCUGCUGCUUCCUUGGACAAAAUUGCUUUCUUUUCGGGACACAAGAUGGAACUGUUUCUGUGAUUGAUGUGAGGCAGACAAGGGAGCCUUCCAUCACUUGGAAAAAUUCAUCAUCUGCAGUGUUGUGCCUUUUGCCAUACAAGCAGGGUUUUAUGGUUGGCAGAGCCGACGGCUCUUGCAACUUCGAAGCUCUGGUGGGUGCAGAGUCUUCAGUCUGACUGGACCAGACUGUGAACCUGUGUACAGUGUGGCGUAUGAUGGGGAAUCGUUCUACACUGCCUGCCGAGACGGCCUGAUCCGGAAGUACAGGGGUGCCCAAGUCGUAAUGUCCAUGCCUGCUGCUAGUCGUUACAGUGACCUGUCAGAGAGGGAAGAUAUACUGACGUGUUUUAAAACAUUUCCGUAUAAAAGUCUUGGCCCCUGUCAAGUACUUGUUGCUUUGUUUGUUCAGAUCUCGCUAAUUCUUACAGUGAUAUUCGCAUCUUCUGCUGGGUUCCGGCAACAGUGGCAAGGGGUAUACCAGGACACAAGAAUGAAUAUUUUGCAAUACCAGCAAUUGUGGCAACAUCUUUAAACUCUGUGAUACCAUGCCAGAGGCACUGUCUCAUUUGAGUAUUCUUUAUGAAAAAGCAUACGCACAAGGAUUUCUGCGUGUUUACUUUAUAGUAAAGCAAGCUUUUCAACCCACUGACGAAAUAUGGUUGAUCACCACAGUAUAUGUUUUAAAUAAAAGCAGUUUACUUAACCCC